CAAUGGACCGAAGACAUGAACGUGAAUCCCGAAGAAUUGGGCAAUUACUUUGAGGGAGACGUCAUGGUCACGGAAAGCACUACACGAUCAAACGGUGCAAAAGACCCAAAGCUCCGUUGGCCCAAUCACGUUAUUCCUUACGUAAUCGAGGGUAACUUCAAUAGGACGCAGUUGAAACUUAUACGCGAGGCGAUGAAAGACUAUGAAAAGUAUACGUGCCUCCGGCUUAAACCGAGGACGAACGAAAAGAAUUAUGUCAAAAUCGUUAGCGAUAAUAGCGGAUGCUGGAGCUACAUUGGCAAGAUCGGCGGUGCACAAAUAAUAAACUUGCAGAUUCCUGGUUGUGUAACUAAAAAGGGUACCGUAAUACAUGAGAUUAUGCAUACUGCUGGCUUUUGGCACGAACAUACCAGAGAUGACCGAGAUGAUUACGUGACUAUCAAUUGGAAAAAUAUCGAAGAAAGAACCGCAGGUAAUUUCGAUAAACUUUCCUCGGAGGUACUCGAAGACUACCACAUCCCUUACGAUUAUAACAGCGUGAUGCACUAUUCAGCGUACGCGUUCGCCAUAGAUCACAAUGUAAAGACUAUCAUAACAAAAGUAAGCGACCAUCAUUUUUACAAAUGUUCCCUAUGUCAUUAG